UCCACUGGAGGUGUUGAAAGCCUGGAGCAGUGGCCCAUACCUAGCAUUUGGCCCUCCCUCCCUCUUCUCCCGGUGUUGACACAAGAAGGUCACCCAUCAGAUUAAUUCCAGAGGGAUUCCUGAGUUUACAGCCUAUCAGCUUUCAGAAAGCAAAGGAGCCAGUGUCAGCAGCACAUAAAAAGAACAGGAGGCAGAGCAGGAGGAUAGAGCCACUUCGAUUAAACCGAUCGGCAGGCACCUCCUAAGUGUGGAGACAGCAGAAGCUACAAUCAGAAAUGGACGUGGAUGCACAGAGAGCGCACAGAGUCCCUGCCUGUCCCUGCCUGCAGUGUUUGCAGGCCAACCGUGCUUUUCAUCCGGCAGCAGAGAGAAGUGCUGCUGCUCUUUGGAGGCCAUGGCUAAUCACACCCAAAGAUAUCGAACGGGAGCAACAAAGACAGAUGGCAAAUACGAAUUUCAGCAGCGAGCAGCUUCAGCAAACAUCCAGUGGAGACAAAGUACCAGCAUUCCAGCACCCCGUCAAGCUCCUUUGGCCAAAAUCAAAAUGUUUUGAUUAUUUGUAUGAAGAUGCAGCUUAUCUCUUGGCAAGUUUCCCAGUGCAAGCAACAAUCUCAUUCUAUCAAGAGAGCGACAGUGAGUCCGAAAGCGAAGAUAAUGAUUAACCAAAGACUGCAACCAUUGGGAAAAGAUUUAAGUGUUUAACACUGGCCUCUGAUACAGGCACUGCUUGUGGAUGGAGAGAUGUUACCAGCUUGUAAAUUAUUGAUCUGCAUAUUGUAUUAUUUAUUUAUAAUUAAAAAGAAACUGAAUUCUUUUUGUAUUUAUAUAAAUCUACCUAGUUUUGUAAA